GAGGAUGAGCCAGCAGCCGGCGGGGAAGAUGUCGGCGGCUCCCCUGGCGGCCGAGGCGCUGGAGCCGGCGGCGGGGAUGCUCGAGGGCCGCCAGAGGAAGCUGGAGUCCAUGAUCCGCGACCCGCGCUCCCCGGUCAACGUGGAGAGCCUGCUGGAUGGCUUGAAUUCUUUGGUCCUUGAUCUGGAUUAUCCAGCACUGAGGAAGAACAAGAACAUCGAUAAUUUUUUAAACAGAUAUGAGAAGAUUGUGGAAAAAAUCCGAGCUUUACAAAUGAAAGCUGAAGACUACGAUGUUGUUAAGGUGAUUGGAAGAGGGGCUUUUGGAGAAGUGCAGCUGGUUCGCCAUAAAAUGACACAGAAGGUUUAUGCAAUGAAGCUACUUAGUAAAUUUGAAAUGAUCAAGAGAUCAGAUUCGGCCUUUUUCUGGGAAGAAAGAGAUAUCAUGGCCUUUGCCAACAGCCCAUGGGUGGUUCAGCUAUUUUGUGCCUUUCAAGAUGACAAAUAUUUGUACAUGGUAAUGGAAUACAUGCCAGGUGGAGAUCUUGUAAACCUUAUGAGCAAUUAUGAUGUGCCUGAGAAAUGGGCCAAGUUCUACACAGCUGAAGUUGUUCUUGCUCUUGAUGCAAUUCACUCCAUGGGCUUGAUACACAGAGAUGUGAAGCCUGACAAUAUGCUUUUAGAUAAGUAUGGGCAUCUGAAGCUGGCAGAUUUUGGCACUUGCAUGAAAAUGGAUGAAACAGGAAUGGUGCGCUGCGACACAGCCGUGGGGACUCCUGACUACAUCUCGCCUGAAGUCCUGAAAUCGCAGGGGGGUGAUGGUUAUUAUGGACGGGAAUGUGACUGGUGGUCUGUAGGGGUUUUCCUUUUUGAGAUGUUAGUUGGUGAUACUCCUUUUUAUGCAGACUCACUAGUAGGAACAUAUAGUAAAAUUAUGGAUCAUAAGAACUCAUUGCAUUUCCCAGAUGAUGUGGAAAUCUCAAAGCAUGCAAAGAACCUUAUCUGUGCCUUUUUAACUGAUAGGGAUGUGCGACUUGGGAGAAAUGGGGUAGAAGAAAUAAAACAUCACCCUUUCUUCAGAAGUGAUCAGUGGAACUGGGACAACAUUCGAGAGACUGCUGCUCCUGUUGUUCCUGAGCUUAGCAGUGAUAUAGAUAGCAGUAAUUUUGAUGACAUUGAGGACGACAAGGGAGACGUGGAAACCUUUCCAAUCCCCAAAGCCUUUGUGGGAAACCAGCUGCCUUUCAUAGGGUUCACCUACUACAGAGACAAUUUGUUGCUAAGUGACUCCUCUCAGUCUUGUAGAGAGAACGAAUCUGUGCAAUCUAGUAAAAAUGAGAAAAUGCUAUCCAAAAACAUCUGCUCCAGUGGAAAGUCUCUGGCUACAGAGCACAGCAAAGGGCCGUUUCAGAAAAAAUUAAGCAAGCUAGAAGAACAGCUCAGUAAUGAAUUACAAGCCAAAGAUGAACUAGAACAGAAGUACAGGUCUACAAGUGUUCGUUUAGAGAAGAUAGCAAAAGAGCUCGAAGAAGAGAUAACUUCAAGGAAGAAUGUAGAGUCUGCAGUCAGGCAGUUAGAGAGAGAGAAAGCUCUUCUUCAGCAUAAGAAUACAGAAUACCAGAGGAAAGCAGAACAUGAAGCAGAUAAGAAACGCAAUUUGGAAAAUGAGGUUAACAGUUUGAAAGACCAACUUGAAGAUUUAAAAAAGAGGAAUCAAAACUCUCAAAUAUCCAAUGAAAAAAUCAAUCAAUUACAAAGACAAUUGGAUGAAGCCAAUUCUUUGCUGCGGUCAGAGUCUGAUACUGCAGCCAGGUUAAGGAAGAACCAGACAGAAAGCACAAAGCAAAUCCAGCAGCUGGAAAUUAAUAACAGAGAGCUACAAGAUAAGAACUGCCUGCUAGAGAAUGCAAAACUCAAACUGGAGAAGGAGUAUCUCAAUCUUCAGUCAGCUCUAGAAUCAGAAAGGAGAGAUCGAAGUCAUGGAUCAGAGAUUAUCAGUGAUUUACAAGGUCGAAUAACUAGCCUCGAAGAAGAAGUAAAAAAUGGAAAGAGUGCAUUAGCUAAACUGGAAAUGGAGAAGAGACAACUGCAGGAAAAGCUCACAGAUUUAGAAAAGGAAAAGAGCAACAUGGAAAUAGAUAUGACAUAUAAAUUCAAAGUUAUGCAGCAGAACCUUGAACAAGAAGAAGCUGAACAUAAAGCCACAAAAGCACGAUUAGCAGACAAAAAUAAAAUCUAUGAGUCUAUAGAGGAAGCAAAAUCUGAAGCCAUGAAAGAAAUGGAAAAGAAACUUUUGGAAGAGAGAGCUCUAAAGCAGAAAGUAGAAAAUCGGCUGUUGGAAGCUGAGAAGCAGCGCUCCAUGUUGGACUGUGAUCUCAAACAAUCGCAACAGAAAAUAAAUGAGCUCCUUCGGCAAAAGGAUAUACUGAGUGAAGAUGUAAAAAACUUGACAUUAAAAAUAGAGCAAGAAACACAAAAACGCUGUCUCACUCAAAAUGACCUCAAGAUGCAAACACAGCAGGUCAACACCUUGAAAAUGUCAGAGAAGCAGUUAAAACAGGAGAAUAACCACCUUCAAGAAAUCAAAUUAAGUCUGGAAAAACAAAACAAUGAACUCCGCAAGGAACGUCAAGAUGCAGAUGGACAAAUGAAAGAGCUUCAAGACCAGCUCGAAGCUGAACAAUAUUUCUCAACUCUCUAUAAGACACAAGUUCGAGAACUUAAAGAAGAAUGUGAGGAAAAGACCAAAAUUUGUAAAGAAAUGCAGCAAAAGAUACAAGAGUUACAGGAUGAGAGAGAUUCCUUGGCUGCUCAGCUAGAGAUCACUUUGACAAAAGCAGACUCAGAACAACUUGCCCGUUCCAUUGCGGAGGAACAGUACUCUGAUCUGGAAAAAGAGAAGAUUAUGAAAGAGCUGGAGAUUAAAGAGAUGAUGGCGAGGCAUAAACAGGAACUUACUGAGAAAGAUGCCACCAUAGCCUCGUUGGAGGAAGCAAAUAGGACACUAACUAGUGAUGUGGCUAAUCUUGCUAAUGAGAAAGAAGAGCUAAACAAUAAACUGAAGGAAGCACAAGAACAAAUUACAAAGCUGAAAGAAGAAGAAGCAAAUGUAGGAAAUAUUAAAGCACAAUUUGAGAAACAGCUGUUGAAUGAAAGAACAUUAAAAACCCAGGCUGUGAAUAAAUUGGCUGAAAUCAUGAAUCGGAAGGGUCCAGUCAAACGUGGAGCUGACACUGAUGUACGGCGGAAGGAAAAGGAAAAUAGGAAGCUGCAUAUGGAACUGAAGUCUGAACGAGAAAAGUUAACCCAGAUGAUGAUCAAAUAUCAGAAGGAAAUAAAUGAAAUGCAGGCACAAAUAGCAGAAGAGAGUCAGAUACGGAUUGAACUGCAGAUGACUCUGGACAGCAAAGACAGUGACAUUGAACAGCUUCGUUCCCAGCUGCAGUCACUGCACAUUGGGCUGGACAGCAGUAGCAUAGGCAGUGGACCUGGAGAAGCUGAGGCAGAUGAUGGAUUCCCUGAAUCAAGAUUGGAAGGCUGGCUAUCAAUGCCUGUUAGAAAUAACACAAAAAAAUUUGGAUGGGUUAAAAAGUAUGUAAUUGUAAGCAGCAAGAAGAUCCUGUUCUAUGACAGCGAACAAGAUAAAGAACAAUCUAAUCCCCAUAUGGUAUUGGAUAUAGACAAACUCUUCCAUGUCCGACCAGUCACUCAGACUGAUGUGUACAGAGCAGAUUCCAAGGAAAUUCCUAGGAUAUUCCAGAUCCUAUAUGCUAAUGAAGGAGAGAGCAAAAAGGAACAGGAAUUUCCUGUGGAGCCCAUGGGAGAGAAGUCAAAUUACAUUUGUCACAAAGGACAUGAGUUUAUACCUACUCUUUACCACUUCCCAACCAAUUGUGAAGCUUGUAUGAAGCCCCUGUGGCACAUGUUUAAACCUCCUCCUGCUCUGGAAUGUCGCCGCUGCCAUAUCAAAUGUCACAAAGAUCACAUGGAUAAAAAAGAAGAGAUUAUAGCGCCUUGCAAAGUGUACUAUGAUAUUUCUACCGCGAAGAAUCUGCUACUGUUAGCUAACUCUACAGAAGAACAGCAAAAAUGGGUGAGCCGACUGGUGAAAAAAAUACCCAAGAAGCCUCCAGCACCAGACCCCUUUGCUCGAUCUUCUCCUAGAACUUCCAUGAAGGUACAGCCAAACCAGUCCAUCAGACGACCAAGUCGACAGCUUCCUCCAAACAAACCAAGAUUACUUGAUCUGGCAUUUAAGGAUUGGGAUUGGUCCUUUGAUGAUGUUGAUGAUAUUGAUGGUGAUGAUGAUGAUGAUGAUGACGAUGUUUUUGAUUUCUGAAGAAGUAUAAGGGCUAACUGCUUUCCGUGAAUGCAGACACAGUCAAGGUGAUAAUUUUCUUCCCAUUACAGCAAGACUGAAACAUAUCCCAAAAUAUAUUAAAAAUAUAUAUUUUCCUGAGAGAUUGUGCUAUAUAUAUCAGAGGUUUACAUUUUUGCUGCAAUAUAAAUUACUAAUCUCUGAGGGUUUUCCUGUAUUCUCCCGAGUGACUGAUGAGUUGAGGAAUGGUUGGUAAAUAGUCAAAGGAUAUGUUAGGUAACCUUUUAAACUCUGUUCCACAAAAGCUUUCUUGGCAAGACACAUACACUACAUUUCAUGAAAGGAUCGAGAGGAAUGAGUAUUGAAAUGGAAGAAACUGACUUUUCAGCUUUCGUAAAGAUGCCACCAGCACGUCUGCAAGUGAACUGGAGGAAGAUCCACCAUAGUGAUAUAGACUGCAUCUGUAAGAAGUGACCAUUAUACUGUGUAUAUAUAUUGUACUGUAAUACUGCAAGAGGGUUUUAAAAAUCUUUCCACUUUAUUUUUUUAUGCUUAUUAAUCAGAUACCGUUACUUAUUGCAGUUGCAACUAUGCACUUGUAUAAAGCCAUAAUGUUGAAGUUUAUAUCAUUCAUACACAUCUAUCAGAAGCUGCAUGUCAGUGUUCAGCAGCUAGUAUAGGUUUGAAGUAUAUACUAGUUUCAGCUACGUCAUCAAGGGCAGUCCACUUUUACCUGUCUAAUUGCCUUAAUUUAAAUUUUUUCCAAGUUUCUUUUUUUUUGCCCAUUCUUUCUAUUUAAGGAAAGUUUACCAGCUCUUAGGAUGCAGUUUUGCUUUGUGGCAGAAAAAAUAGUGCACUAUUUUUACACCUCGUAAGUAUAUCAGUGUCAACCUAUUUUGAAUGUAUAUUGACUGGUUCUAAGGGUGGAGAAGUGCUGGUUACAGGAACAAUGUCUGAGAGCAUGAGAUUUACCAGACCAUUUGCUUGUACAUGUAACUGCUCAUCCAGCCCUUUUUACAAACCUCAAUACUAGUUAUUGACUUAUAUUAACCCUCAUUAAGUGCUAUGAAACUUCAUUUUGCCUUGUUUUUGCAUACUCUCCUAGAUGUGUUUUUGAUUUUUUUUUUAUUUUAUUUCUGGAAAAUAAAAGAAUCUGUGACUAUUUUUACAUUUCACAACACAAUAUCCGAGGACUGUCACAAACUUUAAGAAAAGUAAAAUAUACUGUAGAUGUAUUUUAAAGUUUUAAUCGGGUUCUCUAGCACAUAUCUGUAGGCAUAGAUAAAUAUUUCAGUAGUGUGUUUUGAGAACUGAUAGCUGGGAAGAAAGGGCCUCAGAGGCACUUAAUCUGACCUUUUUUUUAACUUGGAGUUGUACAAAAAAUAUAAUUUAUGUGGGCUCAUUCAUGAUGUGUUCAUAAUUAUCCCAGAAAAUGCAUGUUUUAUACAACUACAGUAUGUGAUGUUAAACAUAUUGACAGUAAAAAAUGUAGUCUCCUAUUUGGUCUCUUUAUAUAUAUAUAUAAAUAUAUAUAUAUAUAUUUAGAAUAUAUAUAUAUAUAAAAUAUUGUGUGGGAGUGCAGUAAUUUAAAAUAUGAUCUAACACUUCAAUGAAGGAGGACAUUUCACUUUAAAAUUUUGUUUGUUUGUUUUUGUUUUUUAAAGAGUGUUGAAAUGUUUGGAAGGAUAGGACCAUGUUUUAUUUAACACUAUCAUGAAAGGUGGACUUGGAAACACUGAAAUACUGAAAAUUAAUAAAUAUAUUUACAUUUUGUAACCUCUGCUACAGUUCAGCUUAACAAAGCAAGAAUGUAUUCAGUCUUCUAUUUAUGCACUCACAAAGUAAAAUGUUGUUUGUGAGUUCUUAAAUUCAAAACUAAAACUUUCAUAUCAUUUCUCUUAGGUAUUAUAACCCAGAGCACAGCUACGGUGGUUUUUCUUGCUUGUUUUGAUUUACAGAAGUACGGUAUAUUUUUAGAUAAUGCAGAUUUGCAUAGAGUACAACAUUAAAAAUGUAUACAGUAAAACUGUUUCCAUUCACUGAAUGCAUAAAUAUUUUAUAUAUAUAUAAAAAAAAAAAAUGUUACAUUGCGGGAAGUUCUAUCCUUUUCUGAAUUGGAGAAUAUUAUAUAUAUAUAUAUAUAUUUUUAAAUAAACUAUUUGAGUAAGGUAAAAUAGUUCCUGAACUUGAGAAGCUGGUUUUAAAUGGAAAUAUUUAAAUAAAAAGAUAACUACUGCAGCAGAUAUGGGAAAGGCAAGGGCUGCUCCAAAGGCAGCCCAGCAAAGCCUGUGUGCGGAGGAAGCGCAGACUCCAAGGGAGCCGUUUUGCAGCUCCUCCACUGCUGGGGCUGAAUCCUUUGCACUUUCUCUCCCUGGCUUGCCCUCACUUUCUGUGAAUCCACAGGGCCCUGCUAAGCCUGACAUUUUAGGAAAUGUACUGUGUUAGAGUAUUUGCUAGGCAGUUUAUAAAUUCCGUGCUUGUACAAAUGGUCAUUAGCUGUACAUACAGCAGGCUGUACUGAGAUGGUGUCGUGGAGCAACACGGGCUGAGGGGGAGCACAGGGGGUCCUGUGCUCUGACCUCUGCCUCAGAGCAGAGCAAACUUAGCACAGGUUCCUCAAGGCCAGUGGUCUGAGGUGCACAAACUUCACUUUAUACCCAGGACACAAAGGGCAAAACUGCUGUUCUCUUCUUCUCCCUUAUCCUGCUGUGAAAUGCAAACACCUCUUUAAUGCUAGUUCCUGGAGAUUGUGUUGUUUCCUUAUGUUAAACUUUUAACAUUUUUGAGAGAAGGGUAUAUUCAUGAACUAAGGAGUAUUUGUCUUGAAACUCACCAGUAUUUUAACACUUUUUGUACAGGCUUGUCCUAAGCAAACAGGACAUUUUUAUGGCCUGAACGACUUACCUAUAGAAAAUUCUCUUAUUGCAAGUCCUUUUGUCUUUCAAGAGUAAACAAAUGGCAUAGCCAGCAGAUUAAUCUGGAAAAACCAGGGAACAAACUUGGAGCCAGAAGCUCAAGGCAACUUGCUCAUUAGUUCCAAAUCCAAGAGCUCAUUUGAACAGGAAAGGCAGACCCCAUUGGAAUUACCUUGUCAGGUGCCAGACCUUUCUGCACCUUUCUGCAGUGAGACAUCCACUUCUGUCCUAGCUGUGUGCUGCAAUUCCCAAGGGACCUCUUGUGGUCCCUGCCAAAGUGCAGCCCCUCCCAGCACUGCCAGCAAUCCAGCACCACAUCUGCUUCUAACUAGAGGAAAGCUAUGGUGGUUCUUGUGCUUCUGAGCACAGCUGAUGCUGUAACCAAACACAUGAUAUAGACUCACAGCAUGAUGUAGGACUUGGAAACAUGCAAGAGGCUCAAGGAUCUUAUUAGUGACAGGGGCUAAAUUUAAAAAAAUCACUGAAAUUUCACUGCAAGUGUCUAAAUCUCUUAGUGCCUCUUGAAAAUACUGAACCUCCUAAAUUUUGACAGGCAUUCAGUGGCUCUCUGAAGGCAUCAAGGCCAGGGAAGCUGCCAUUGAAAUUAAGUGCUUUUUCUCUUUAGUUUCUUUUUGGUUUCUAAUGUCAAAUGGUCAUUAGGAAUUUGAGCAUUUCUGUUUCUAAUCUUACAAUGUAUUAGUUUCCCAUCUAGCUAGGAGAAAUUCAUCCUUGGAAGAGGCUUACAUGUUUUGAUCCCAAGUGCCUUUACCCAUCCUGUGCUUGUGAGGUUAUAUUUGGGAUGCUGCUGUGAAAAGGGAGAACUUACAUGAAAGUAAACUUCUUACCUGCAUUGCUCUUACAAACACUUAAUCACCUUCUUAUUCUGUUUUUGAGGCAGAAGAACAAACUGUACAAGGUCCAGUUCAGUGGAGUGUUUCAGUCUCUUCCACAUUCCUGGAUAGUUUGCUUUGACAUUCAUGUUAAAAUAAUGAUUAAUUUAUUUUUUCAUGUAAUAGAAUAUAUCAAGUUGGAAGGUACUUUUAAGGAUCGAGUCCAACUGUCUGCUCCUCACAGAACUACCUAAAACUAAAUCAUAUGUCUAAAAGUGUGAUCUAGACACUCCUUGACCUCUGACAGGCUUGGUGCUUUUUUCAGUGCAUUACAGUUUUUUACAAAUUAUUAUCUCUGCACAUAAUAUACUUUACACUGAAAACAUUGUUUCUUAUUUUUUAAGAUUAUCUUCUGAAUCAUUUAAGGUUCUAUCAGAAUCCCAAGGAUCAUAGGGUUUGCCUGCUGCUUUGAAGUAUCCCUCAUGAGGGUGGGGAGGAGUCUUCUUUUCAAUCUCAAUAAAGAAUGUUGAUGGAGUGGUUCUGAAACUACAAUUUGUAUUCCAUGUUGAAGUUGCCUAAAAAGUGGACAGGUGUAUGUAUAUACUCAGACAUUCUCAUCUGAAAAAUUAGACAAGUCUACUGAAAUGUGUGUGGCAGAGAACACUCAAAAUACAUCCAGCCCAGUUCUCCCCAGAAACUGCUGCAAUGAAUGGAAAAGCUGUAACUGUAGAAACAUAGCUCCACAAAGUGGGGAUGUAGAGAAAAUAAUGAUGCUAAUUACCAGGUCUUAUAAAUGAAAAUUUGUGUUCAGAAUAUUUGCCACUUUGUAGGCAUGAAGCAGUGUUUUAUAAAGGUAAGGAAGCCACUCUUCUACUUGAUAUUGCAAAGGUGAAGCAUUUGACUGCAGCUGCUUUUGCUGCAAUAAUCUUGUAGAAGCUGCAGGAUUAAAGUGAUCUUUCAAGAUGAAAGUCAUGAUGAAAGGUCACGAAAUCUCAGUUAUAAGUGUAUGUAGUCCUGAUCUCUUAAAAGAACUCUGGAAAGACACAUCAUCACCCUGAAAAGAAAGGGCAGAGUCCAGUAAUGUCAUGUCCCUGCAACCCUUAGUUGUUGGAGGAGCUGCACAGAAAUGCUUUCACAGCCAAGACAACUGCAUGGAAUGCUUCAGUCCUACCACCCUAUUUUAAGGUCUGGGCUUUCAGUGUUUGUUCAGAGAUGUGGGCCUGCUUCUAUACAUAGUCUUAUACUGCCGCUGUGGGCCUCAUGUCAUGUAGUUCUGGGAAUUUGGCAUUGCUGUUUGGGGUGUUUUUUGCCCAAGACACUCUUGCACCACUUAGUAAGCAUGGCUAUCCAGGGAGAAGUACACCAGGCUUGUGAGAUCAUGGCCAGUCCUCUUUUCCUUUGGAUCACCAACUGCUUAGACUUUGGCCACUGAAUUGCCUUCAAUAUGUGUGAAUUUUUAUUAAUAAGUGAACUGGUAGAAACUUUUUUUGGAGUUACGUGAAAUACGAAAUCCCUUAACCUUUGUAAGACUGAAGGAGCUGGGUACCCCACCAUCUGAGCCCUGUUUUAUAUUAGCUCACCUUGUGCUGUCUCUGACCUCAAUUGUUCCAUUUCCCAGUGGGCUCUUGGAGCAGGUCUUGCAGCUGGGUGCAGGUCAGGCUGCAAUUUCAGGACUUGAAUCUGCUUGCUGGAUUCCAUGGUCUCAUGUGUCUGUGUGAUGUUUUCCAGCAUAUUACAAUCCCUGUGUCCUGGGGACCACUGAGAUUCAGUAGGACCUGUGUAGCCUUUAGUCCAGUCGGGAGCCAUGGCGGGGAGGCUCCCCUGCCUGCUCUGAGCUCUGAGCUACAGCAAGGCAAGUUGUAUUGCUGGAAGGUGGGCAUUUGUACUAACUUAAACUAGCAAUGCUGAGAGAGGAAAAUACCUUUGAGCUCAGAGAGUCCAUGAGUUGUGCUGACAGUGCACUUCAUGGAAAAAUAAAUAAAAAUCUCACAAAUCAGACUCUUGAAAGUCAGACUCUGUAUACAUAAUCUGUAUAUAGUCAGCUGUUUGAAGGUGAAAUAAUUUCUCACAAGUAAUUAUUUAAAAUAUGCUUUACAGAAGCUCAAUUAGUGCUUUGUUAAAGAGUCAUGAUUUACAUGACAGAGGCAACACUGAGGCAUAGGAUGUGUGUUCUUCCAUUUUUGAUUUUCAUAUAGUAUGAAUCUUGGUACUGCUGGCCAAAGCCUUCACAUUCCAAAGCAGAAAUCUUGUACAUUCCAGAGCAGGUGUGUGCACAAAUAACUUGUAAUUAUCAUAAAGUGGUAAAUAGAAUUGAUUUUCAGCAUGGAGCCAUGUUACUACUCAGUUUGAAUCAAAAUCAUCAUUAGCCAAUUUACCUUGUCACAUUUUAGGCUGGUGCAGGUUCUGUCCUUUACAUCAUUUUCCAGAAUACUUGACAGAUAAAACAAAGUGUCUGGCCUCUUAAAGCUCCCUCCAUGUGAGUCAGUGAUACCACAUAAUGCACUGAAGUACCUAUUUAGGCUUCUGACAAUUUAAGACAGUGCUAAGAUGAAAUAAGGAAAAAAAACAGGGUGUGAACAAAAUUGUGACAAUUACUUAAACUGUCCUUCAGCUAUCCCAAAUUAAAUUUCAUCAAAACUAUGAUGUGAAAAGUCUCUUAUUUUACCCCGGCCCAAAGAUUGGAUUUUUUCCCAAGACAGAGAUGUUUGCCCCAAACUACUGCCAAUGUAAAAUGGAAUAGCUGACACCUUUAAAUUGAAAAUGUCUGUAUGUAUGUCUUGCCAUUAGGCAGGAAACACCUGAGGUCCAUUGGGACUCAGGUCUGUGAGGCUGGCAAGGUCUUGCAAUUGGAUCCAUCACAAGUGAUGAUCUAUCAGAGUCUUACAGUGAUGAUCACUGUAGCUCCCAGGCAUCUGUUUGACUUCAACAGCUGUCAUCAUGGAGAACUCUGAAGUGUCCUGGAGAACCCUGGCUCAAAAUCAAGCAAUUAAAUUCAGUACAAACCAAGAAUUUUAUAACAUCCUAUUUUAAGAUUUUUUUCAUCUUCCUCACCUUGAAAAAGUGAGACAUCCUUGAACCAUUAUUAGUGAUGAAGGUGACAUUUGAUGUUUGCUUCAUACAUAAAUAUGAAUUUCAAGUAUGGAAGAAUUUGGAAGAGAGUGAAAAAAAACAGCCUGAAGAGAACUUGUAGGGAAGUCAUUAUUAUUCAUCACCAGGAAAAAUGCAUGACUGGGAAACUACCUCAUUUCAGUUAUCUCCACAUCUGUGGAGCUUUUCAUUUAUAAUAGUUCCUUCAGUGAACUCAGCUGUUACUUCCUUUUUUUUUUUUUAUUUUCCCCUUGUUACAUAUGUGACUAAAUGGAUAAUGAUUGGUGGAGGAAGAGUAAUUUUACCUCAUUUAAAGAAAUGAGUGAAGGUGUUCUAUAAGACUGGGGCCAUUCAGCUAAUUCUGAAUUACUUUCUCCAGGGUCAAACUGUACUAAAAUCCAGCUCUAGAUCUGCAGCAGUUGGGAGGUGUCGCUGCCUCCCCACCCCACUCCUUUCUCUCCUGUUGCAGUAGAUCAGAGCAGAGCUAGCUCCCGGAGCACAGUGCACAGUGUAAGGCUGACAGAGGCUCAGGAGUCACGCAGGGACAGGGACUCCUGAGCAGUCCAAGCAAUAACAUCCCUUGCUGGAUUGGAGCAGCACAAGGAAAGACAUCUGAGUCCAUUUUGCACAGAAAGCCCAGUGUUAGGGAGACCCAUAGUGUGGGGAGAGGAUGGUUUUGCAUUUGUGAUCAAUGUUCUGUUCACUGAGGACAGUGCAGAAAAAAUAAACUACACGCAUCUUCCAGUGUCCACAUCUUCACUGUCCUGCAGCCUGCUGUCUCUGGACUCACAUCCUCAUUCUUUCAAUAGUAAAUCUCAUGCUAAAUAUUUUUUUCUCUCAUACAGCUGUAGUGAGCUUCUAGCUUACCUGUUGCCAAACCCAGUCACAGUUCAUCAUAUCCACUGCUGGAGGGGUACUUGUGGUUAUUCAGUGGACUCUACUGGAAUUCAGAUCUUGUCUUUUCACAGACAAGGACACUCACAGUUUUUGAAAGCCCCAAUAAGACCCACACUUUGUCAGCCAGACUGUGUUACCUUGUGAGCAUGUUGUGAACUGGUACAAUUAGUACACUAAUUCCACACUUGUACAGCAUCUGUGAAUGGAGUUGUAUUACCUCCAGCCCUCUGGGUAAGAGCUGCUUACUUGCUUAUACCUUCUGCCAUAAAUCCAAGAUGCUUUCCCCUCUUGCUUUUGCCCCGCUGGUGCAUUACACAUCAAACAGCCUCCUUGUGUCCACCCUGAUACUGGUGAAUGAUGAGUUUAACAAGGUUUAUCCUGUCUAUGUAUUUGUCUAAAGCUGUUGCCUUUAAUCCAGCCACUGAGAAGAUUAUUCUUUACCUCCUGAAAAACACAGGCUCUGCACUUUUGUGGGGCUUGCCUGGAACUUGAAUGUGCCUCUGUUUAUGAAAGUGAAAGAAGUUACUGAGAGGGGGAAAAGUGUUUAAAAUUAUUUACUGCUACUUUAUGAUUUGUUCCAUAUCUCUUGCAGUUUGAAUGAGAACUCAUGGUCCAGCUUUCCAAGUCCACAAAAUUACUUUACCUUAAGUUCAUUAAGUACCCAGCUUUGUUUGUUUUCCUCAGUCUUUUUUUCCCACAGGUUUCUAAGGUGAUUUAUUCAAAAUGCAUUAAGUAACCUACUAAGAACUGUUCCUAAAUGCAUUUUCUGUAUUUUAUGAUAAAAAACCAACUUGAGGUGCUGAUUCUCAAACCAAAAAUGGAGCAGCUUCAUUUUGCUACAGCAUCCCUCAGGAGAAUGAAAUACGUCAAUAACAGAGAGGGUUUGGAUUCCACACAAAUCCUUCUCUAUCAAGAAAAGGCUUUAAUUAAAAAGCAGGUGUGUUUUUUUCAUUUUAAGAUGCUGGAGCUUGUUAGCAUUUGGCAGGUCAAUAUUCAGCCUGAUGCUUCAAGUGUUAAGGUGAAAGCUGCCCAUUUAUAACUUGUAAUGAAUAUUUCAUUUUCUCUUCAUAUAUGGCAACAAUAAAAACUCAAACGCAAUGAAAAUUAGCUGUAAGAAUGACACAAUCAAUCUUUGAAGAAUAGCAUUUAUUAAUAUCACCUGAAAAUGUAACAUAUGAUACUUGCCACCAUUUAGACCACUUCAGAUACUUUACACAGCUUUAAUAAAAUCAGAAUGUUUACAAUUAAUCUUUCAACCAACACAGAAGGAUUGAUGCAUUUUAUUGGAGCAGAAAAAAAAAAAGCUUAUCUUUGACUUGCUCUCAAUAAUGUGGGAUACAUGCAAUCAAUGCCCACAGACACGUCUCUUCCCAGCCCUUCCCACUAAAAUUUAGAGGAUGCAGCAGCUAUUUUCUGAUGGUGAAGGCCCUGCUCCAACUGCUGCGUGCACACUGGAAGAAACAUCUGCUUUUGCAGAUCCCUUUGCUCCACAGCAGUCACACAAUUUAGAAUGUUCUGAAGAAAACCUGCCUCAAAUGUAGUCAAUGCAGUCUUCCCAUAUUUUUCAAGGGUGUUGGGAUCAAGGGUGCCUUGGUUUUUUACAUGGAAUCAACAGAAUACUGUAAGAACUCUUUUGAAAUGUAUCUUUUAAUUUUGGGGAAUGUAAUGAGAAAUGAAGGCAAGCUAUAUGAAUACUAAUGUAAUUUUUGGUUGUGAAGGCAGUACUGCCAAAAUCCCCUGUUGUCAAGAAUAUCCUUUCCCCCUUUUUACUCAAGUACAACAAAUUGAUUAGAAUUUCUGAAGUAAAAGUUUAAGUGAAGUCUAUGUUCUUCAACACGCUUAGCACUGACAGGCCAAAACCUCGUGAACCACAGAGCAGUAUCACCAAAACCUGACAAGACGGGAGAUCAGUCUGCUGAGAUGCAUGAAGGUGCACAUGUCACUGUCAGUAAGGAUGGUGUUUGGGAAUUCUGGAUAUGGUUCCAGGAACUUCUGCUUGAACAGCAUUUUUAACUGUUGGUUACAGUUUCAUUAAUUCCCAUACAUUCUAGUCCCUGCUGUUCCCAAAACAGUAUGUUCAGUGAAUGAGGGCCCAGGUUGAAAAAGAAUUCAUAGUUGAGUUUUUGCUCUUAGCCGAUAUAUACUGGGUAUACUGAGGAAAGUGACUGUGGGUAUCCUGUAUCAGCUGUAUAAAUUGUACUAUUUAAGUGUUGCAUGUAAGUGCUACAAUCCCAACUGGAUUUGUGACUUAGUAAAAAACAUUUAGAAUCUUGUUCUGGAUUGGGCCUUGACUCAGAUUUUCUUCAUCCUAAAAUACAGACAGUCAAUGUUGAACUAACUGAGUUGCUUGCAAGAAGAAGACAAACAUCUGUUGUGGUUUUUCAGUCUUGCAGCUGAAGGACGAGUCAGUAUGUUGGUGCAAAAUCGAUCAUGUAUAAUUGAAGAAAAUUGCUUAUAUGUAACCAGAAAGUACUGAAGUGAAACCAGAGUAUAUAUACAUCUAAUUAUGAAAUACCUUGUAGUAAAAAGAAUCCAGAGAAAAUGUGGUAUCAGUGAAACUUGUCUGAAAUGACCAAUAAAAAUAUGCUGCUUAAAUUAAA